CAACAACAACAACAACAACAACAACAACAGCAGCAGCAGCAGCAGCAGCAGCAGCAGCAAACAAACGCAAUACAAAACUCAGGAAGUUUGAAUCAAAUCUCUCACAGCCUGUCACAGUUGUCGCAUUCCCAACAGCAACACCAACACCAACAACAACAACAACAACAACAACAACAACAGCAACAACAACAGCAGCAGCAGCAGCAGCAGCAGCAGCAGCAGCAGCAACAGCAGCAGCAGCAGCAGCAGCAACAACAACAACAGCAGCAGCAGCAACAGCAACAGCAGCAACAGCAACAUUACCAAAGCAUGUCAGUGUCAAACACGGAGAACUGGUUACUCGGCAAUUACUUAGCAGCCCCUAGUAGCAACGUCACGUGUACGGAAUGGUGUCAAGGUGGCAAAGGGUGCGCCUGUGUAUCCUGUACGUCGCGAAGAACCUAUUCCCAGAAUCAGAGCCAAGGAGGUGGAAGCUGGUACUACCCACAGCACGAAACGACGAUAAGCUCGUCGAGCCAGCUGCACAGACUUUUUCAGAACGUGUAGCAUAUGGUCUGUUAAAUCAUUCAUCACCCCCAACGACAUACAUUGCCAGCUCCUUGUAUCGACACACUUUCAAUUAUUUUUACUAUUUAUAACAGCAUUAUCAUCAUCAUUAGUACUAUUAUCAUCGUUAUUAUCAUUCUUGUUAUUGUUAGUCAACGACCGAGGCUACAGAAUCUUUAUUCCCGACCGCAAAAAUCUUCUUCUUCGUUUUCUUUAACUUCGAUCCCUCCGGAGACGAAACUAUGCCCGCGUGAGAGCCGACGACUCGCUAGGCUUCUUCUUUCUCCCCGACGAAGCCACAGGCUAAGUAAACGAUAUCUUUACCUGCCUUUUCGUGCAUGCAAUGCUUGUGUCAACGUACAUUAGACGUCCGUGUUAUACGUGUAAUGCAUCAUAUUUGUUACAAGGAGAACAAAAAACAAAACAAAACGAAACGAGAAGGAGAAGGUGGUGAUGGUGGCGGUGGUGGUGGUAUUCGACUUCUUACGAUCGGAUCGACGACUCGCCGGCCGCCGCGAAUAAAUCUCGGAGCGUAGGUAUUGUUCUCGAAUCAAUGUUUAAUCGGACCGCGAUUCGUUCGCUUCUAUUUGACUCGGAUGGCCCCACGCGAACAUACAUACAUACAGGCAACUCUCGAUCCUCGCCCCAAUGUAUUAUUCAAUGUUUCUCUAUCGUUAACGCAAGCUAGAUCGCCAACCCAACCAGUAUUAGCUAGAAUAACACUAAUCUAUAUAACCGGUACGUGUACGAUGCACGUGCGUGUAUAUAUAUGGUAUAUGUAUGUAUCGCAAGAUUCCUAUUUACCUGUCCCUAUAAGUAUCCUCAACGCGUACAAGAUAAACGAAAGAUAUAAGAUAUGAGUAUAUAAUUAUUAUCAGACUAUUACUCCACAUUUCUCUUCGCGAAUGAUCAAACUAUUCGUAUCUGAUUAUAUUUUAUAGGAACGUUUGUAACGUAUAGGUAUAUCAAUAUUACGUAUCACAGGUUGCACCCGUCGAGAGCGAAAAAAUCAUAUUCUACGUACCUUUAUUAUGUGUAGUUUAAUCAGCAUACCUAUACCAUUGUGUGAAUUGCGUACAUACCCGCCUAAGUCAUAUGCCAAACACUGUAUUCGUAAAAAACGCAUUUACUUACACACGCAUUGCGUACCCGCGAUGUAGGUACAUAUGUAUCGCAUACCGAUGUGUGCAUGAAGAAUAAUACAUAUACUCACAACUGUACCGUAGGAAUAGCUACGAGCCGGAGCUAUCGGCAGAGAAUCCAGCUAAACGUACCACCGGAAACUUGAAACUGCUCGCACACUUGACAAACUCUCGUAGGUACCUGACGGCAAUUAAGCAAGAAUCUCGACGAAAGUGAAUGGCAAACUUUACUUCAUUUUUCAUCAUAAGAGUUACAACAACUCGAAUCCCGUUGCCCAUCGUCCUCGUUACAGAGGGCGAUUCGAAAUCUCGAACAAAAAUAGAACAAUCGAUAAUGGUGGUGUAUAUCAGCUCGUGGCUGCAUACAAAGAGAUUCGUCAAGGUAGGUGUGUGUACACACACACACACACACACACACACACAUAUAUAUAUAUAUAUAUAUCACAUAUACAUGUACACUAGACAUCUCUUACACGUACACGUACGUAUACGUAUAUACGUCAACGACGGAUAUCGUCGUUUGAAAUGCCAACACUGGCUGCCUGCCGCUCCUCCUUGGCUCCUCGCAUUUUUACACGGUACCUACGCGCCAUUCAAAGAGAGUGACUUUGAUGGAUGCCCCAGCUUUAGCUGAUUCUCAGACAUUAGCUCGCCAGCUCUGAUGCCGAUCCACAACCGAACGUAUAUUGUAUAAAGGGGAUAACGCCGCUGCCGUUUCGCGAGGGUACAGCAGCGGUUUAAUGGAGUAAUCAAAGAAUUAGACGUUACAACAAUUCGUUAUUACGUAAAACUUGCACGUGCGAGAGCCGAUACGAUCGAUACGAAUUGCUGAUUCGUCACACACUUGUGCAACCGUACAUUCCUGUAUUCGACUCUAUAACGCGAAUACCUGUAAAUACCGCAUAGGCAUAAGAAUAGGGUAGCCAUAUUUACAGGUACAUAUAGAUAUUAUAGGGAUAUAUGUGUGUAAAUAUGCAUACGCGACUGAGGAAAGAUAAUAUAUAUAUAGUUCCUGUCUAUACUGUAGGAGUGCAGGGAUUCCAGGAGUGCAGAUCCCGGUUUACGAACUGGAGGAGGAAAUUAAACAUCUGCCGAUUAUCCUCUUAUUAUUAUACAUAUACGUACGCCGAUAUCGGAUAGAAUACAGUUUUCCAACUGCGCGGCAUAAGUUAAAACGGCACUGUCAAUUCGGUAUAUAAUACGUAUAUAACGAGGAUAACGUAGGAUGUAGUUUUGUCAAAUCUCGAGACAAAACUUGCAAAGGCUAACAAUAGGAUGUACAUUAUAUUACUGAGGUAUGACAUGUAGAUACCGCGAUGCAAAUACAUGCAUGUACAUACGUAUGAUAGUCAAACAAAUAAUGCAUAAUAAUUCAAAAAGUGAGAAAUAGAAACAAAAACCAACACACACGUGUAUAUAUAUACACAGCUAUAAUAUGAGCGAUGUUUUUGCGAUCGAUUAUUUAAGAGAAUUAUUAAUAAUGGUAUAAAUAAGUAAAUAUUAAAGUAAAGAAUUUAUAAACGAAAUACGCUUCAUAUACCAUAUACGAUAAAACUGACGAUUAAAAGAAUUCAGAAGGAGAACAAGAAGGAAAGAAGGGGAUAAUCCCCUGCAAAAAUUGAACAAAUCAACUAUCACUGUGUAUAUACUAGAUAUGUAUAUCCAUACUUGUAAUUAUAUGUAUAAUGAAAUUGUAAACAUCUUUCUUAGUCUCGCGCGUUAAUAACCGUGAAACAUAUAGUUGUACCCUGAGGGAGGGGUGCUGCAUCUAACAAUAAGCAGAUAAACCGCGAACAGACAGGGCGACGAUGAUUAGGAAGCUGCGUCGUGCAAACCUCGAUUUUUCCCUCACUACACGCUCUCUUCAUCUUAUUCUCCUACACACGCGUGCACGCAGAUGCUGGUACGAAUGCAUCUAUACUGCAUGCAGAAUGCACCAACCACACCUACCUAAAUUAUUGGUGUGUUUGGAUACUUGUAUGUACAACAAAUUUUAUAACGCGGCGUUGCAUUUUAACGUAGCGUGGCCGCGAAUGCAGGCUGUAUAUCCUAUCGUAUUACCUAUACGUAUAGAAUAUGCGGUAAUGACGUAGGGUACCGACAUACGAGAGAUCGUAGGGAAAGAUAGAGGUAGCGAGAAUGAGUGGGAUGUUAAUGAAAGGUUUUAAAAAGACGAGGGACAGGUAUGGCUCCAGGCAGCGAAAAGCUUAUCUUGAAAGCGAAUGGGAUUCUCUAUACUGUGUGUGUGUGUAUAUAACCUACCUACGUGUGAAUGCUCGCGUGACUCUCUUUAGUUCCAUAACCCCCCCUUCAAGUUUCACGUAUCACGUUUCACCGGCCGUGUAUUUCGUCUUUCGUCUUUCCUGUUUCGCGUUUCGUUUCGUUGCAAGAUAAGCCCGUCCUAUAUGUAGGUAUUGGCCGGCUGCUGAUUCUCUCAUUUAUUCCCAUAAUACCACCUAUACCUACACCCAUAUACGACACACGCGCAAAGACACGCCGUGCUACUCAUUGUAUACCAUAUACUACACCACACGAUUGCGCAACCUCAAAUCGAGUGUAAUCCUACUCUACUAGCCUUUGAACCACGUCACAUACACGCAUGUAACAUAAAUAGUAGGUAAAUCUACAUACUAUCAUUCUCUUGGAUGAAAAUCUAUAGUAUAUAACUCAUAUGCAUAUACCGUACAGAAAUACCUAUAUAUCCGUGUAACAUGUUUGUUGUUUUUAAUAAGCAGAUUAUUAUGAAUCGCCAGCUGCGACUAAAGGAACGAAACGAAAGGAAGCAUCGAAAAAAUAUUAUAAAACUUCACGCUCGACGGCGAGAGAAAAGAAACGGCGAAGAAUUACAGAAUAAGAGCUGAAAACAAAGAGUAAUUGCAGAUGAUGUAUGUAAAAAGACUAAAAAUUACGAGACCCAUUGAAGGAAAAUAAAAAGUGAAGAAAAAGGAAAGUCAAAAUUAAAAAGAAAUCGUAUUAUAAACCGAGUGAAUUCAGUAACUAUAUAUAAUGAAAAGAAGUUAGGCUGACAAACCUUUAUAUUCUAAUGACAAAAGCUUUAAAAAAAACCCUAUUUAGCGUGAGUGCGAGUGAUUUUGUUCGUCUGCGUUCCAAUCGACUGGAAAUUAGAAAAAUAUGCAUAAUAAUAAUAACUAUUAUUAUUAAUAUAUAAUACCUAUACAUUUAAUAAAACUAUCAUGAUAAUACUAUAUCGAAUAAAAAAAUUAGAAAAAAAAGAAAAAUAAAACAUUGUAAGGAUAGUUUCGUUGCAAAAUAAUAUAUAUAAUAUAUCCACACAUAUA